UGGUUCAUUGAACAUGGGGGUCAAAGGGCCGCUUCGCUGAGCAACACAAUCAUAAUGCACGUGCAGCUUUAAUACAACCAUUGCUGUGGUGAAACUGUACAUUGACACAAGGUAUUUCCUCAUUGCGUUAUUGUUACUGGGACUUUCCAGAAGAACGAGGCUGGUGAGGGCAUCUACUCGCAAGGCUGAUACCAUAGGAACUUACCUUCUAUCAGCGUGAACUGUUAGCGUUCAGCUUGUAUUUUCCUGUCUUCGCAAGACCUGGGUUGCAGGUUUGAGAUGGGCUUAAUCUCCUUAGCUGUAGUGGGCGUACUUGUGUGUCAUGCUGCAUUUGGGAAAAUGUCAGACGAUGAAGCGAUGAAGAAUGCUGCUGCCGACUCCCCGUGCGGGAACCUAACCUUCGUCACGCGGGCCCAAUGGAAGGCCAAGCCCCCCAAGAGCCGCGUGGAGAUGACGGUACCUGUGGACUACACUGUCCUACACCACACCGACACUCCACAAUGCCAUUCCCUUAAGGAGUGCUCCGAAGAUAUGAGGAAGUUCCAAAAGUUGCACAUGCAAGUCAGAGGUUGGGAUGACAUUGGUUAUAAUUUGGUCAUUGGCGGUGACGAGAGGGUCUACAUGGGUCGCGGCUGGGACACCGUAGGUGCACAUUCCGGAUCAGUGUAUUUCAACCACCACUCACAAGGCAUCGCAAUCAUCGGCAACUACACCAGUGUUCUUCCAAGUCCGGGUGUACUCAAGGUGUUCCAUCAGCUGACGGAGUGCGGGGUCCAGUUGGGUUACCUCACCGACCGGUACGUGCUGCGUGGCCACCGGGACGUACGUCAACUUGGCCCCACGUCCUGCCCGGGAGAUACGCUGUACGCUGAGAUACGUCGGUGGCCUCAUUAUCUCGAACCGAAGGAAGACAAUUUCAACAAACACAGCUCCAUUGUGUGCACGGGGCGAGCCAUGCCAGCCCUGAUGCUUUUGUUGUCUGUGGUGAGCAUAAUUUUCUAUGCCGCAUUCGGAAAGAUGUCAGAAAAUGGAAUGAAUGCUGCUGAAGACUCCCCUUGUAGGAAUCUAACCUUCGUUACGAGGGCCCAGUGGAAGGCCAUGCCCCCCAAGAGACGCACGGAGAUGUCAGUACCCGUGGACUAUACCGUCCUGCACCACACCGGCACUCGAACCCCGCCUUGUCACUCCCUGGAACAGUGUUCCGAAGAUAUGCGCAGGUUCCAGAAAUUGCACAUGGAAGUCAGAGGUUGGGAUGAUAUCGGUUACAAUUUUGUCAUUGGAAGUGAUAAGAGGGUCUACAUAGGGCGAGGCUGGGACACCGUAGGUGCACAUGCCGGCUCUGUCUACUACAAUCACCACUCACAAGGCAUUGCAAUCAUCGGAAACUACAGCAGCGUUCUGCCGGAUCAGGGAACACUCAGGGUGUUCCAUCAGCUGAUGGAGUGCGGGGUCCAAUCAGGUUACCUUACCGACAGGUACGUGCUGCGUGGCCACCGGGACGUACGUCAACUUGGCCCCACGUCCUGCCCGGGAGAUACGCUGUACGCUGAGAUACGCAGGUGGCCUCACUACCUUGAGCCGAAGGAAGACAAUCCGAGCAAACUCUGAAGUCUAGCGUGUUGAUAAGUUUUAAGGAAAGCUGUUUUUCAGCAGGCAAAAUUAUUCUAGAGAUGCAGUCUAGUCUUAAUCUUUUUUUGUUUGUAAUAAGUGUAUAAUUUGUACAAGUUUGCAAUUUUUGAGUGGUGAAUAUUCACAAGACCUAGUUUCGCUAUAAAUCAUGCAAAUUAAAAUUCGAUCAAAUACCUACAUGCUCCAAUUCAAAAGCCUGAUCAAACACCGACCUCUAUGAUUUGUACAUUCAACACCACAGUGCAUUUAAGCCUAAUUAAGGCACAUUGCAUCACUCCCAGUGGAAACAAAAUGAGCCUGGAAUACACUUUUUUUAUUUUACGGCGUUAUAACGCCCUAAUUUGUGGCGUAAUAACGCCCUAUUUUAAGGCGUAAUAACGCCCCAUUAAGGCGUUAUUUUAAGGCGUUAUAACGCCUAAUCGCGGCGUAAUAACGCUCUGCUCCCUGCAGACAAAGGGGCUUUUAUCACAUACCUUGCAAUAUUCAAACCGUCCAAGGAUGGCCACAGUAUAACUGUAAAUACUAUGCCAAUAAGUGGAGCCACGUGUGUUAUUGCGUGGACACCGUAGAGCGUUAUUACGUCGUGAUAGGGCGUUAUUACGCCUUAAAAUGGGGCGUUAUUAUUCCAUAAAUUAGGGAGUUAUAACUCCGUAAUAGGGCGUUAUAACGCCGUGAAAUAAAAAAGGUUUAUUCCUGGAGGAGAUCAGCCACCGUAUAGUUUUCUAAAUUUUUGAGAGAAGGAAAAAAAGAGCAAAUUCAGUGGAAGUGCCUUACAUCCUGAACUAUUUCGUGUUAAUGAUGAGAAUUACAUGUAAUUAAAGCCGUUUACGAAUAAAUUUUGCUCGAGUCUCCGUUGUGCUGAGAGUGAGAAUGA